UGACAUGAAACUCUCGUUUAACUAGGACAUGGAACUCUCAUUUAACUGGGUCAUGGAACUCUCGUUUAACUGGUACAUGGAACUCUCUUUUAACUGGGACAUGGAACUCUCGUUUAACUGGGACAUGGAACUCUCUUUUAACUGGGACAUGGAACUCUCUUUUAACUGGGACAUGGAACUCCCGUUUAACUGGGACAUGGAACUCUCGUUUAACUGGGACAUGGAACUCCCGUUUAACUGGUACAUGGAACUCCCGUUUAACUGGUACAUGGAACUCUCUUUUAACUGGGACAUGGAACUCUCGUUUAACUGGGACAUGGAACUCUCGUUUAACUGGGACAUGGAACUCCUGUUUAACUGGGACAUGGAACUCCUGUUUAACUGGGACAUGGAACUCCUGUUUAACUGGGACAUGGAACUCCCGUUUAACUGGGACAUGGAACUCCCGUUUAACUGGGACAUGGAACUCUCGUUUAACUGGGACAUGGAACUCUCGUUUAACUAGGACAUGACAGCUGACAGCUGGCAACACUUCACAGAACAGGAACCAAAACAAGUGCGCAUGUCCACUGUAAACAAAGUCUUAACGUCCAUGUGCACUUCAAGCACGUGCACGUGCUCUCCAGCUGAUCGUGCACAUCGUCGCCGCAGCAAUGUCUGCCGAUCUGACGUGAAGCGCGCGAAGCAGACAGAAGAUGAUAGAUGUUGUAGGGCAAGUGGGGAGGACUGGGGGAGGAAACCGGAGUACCCGGAAGAAACCCCCGCAGCACAGGGAGAACAUGCAAACUCUGCACACACAGGGCCACGGCGGGAAUCGAACCCCCGACCCUGGAGGUGUGAGGCGAACUAUAUCUCUAUAUACACAUAUAUAUAUUUCUGAUUAUAUUUUCUAUAUUUCUUUGCUUACAAUAUCAAUAUGUAUAUGAUCUGCUGGCCAUGAAAUAUAUCAAGAGAUUUGGUGAGAAACUAUUACUUUGGUCCUGAUUUGCUUGUGUACACUGUUUAUUACAUUUUGAAUGACUUUUUUUUUCUUUUCUUCAUAGUAUUUUUUGUCAUAUCCAAUAUGAAAAAAUGAUUAAACUUGCAUUUUUUGUUCUUUUACCUAAAAUAAAGUGUAACUUUAUGGACUUGGCUACAUUGCACAGCAUUGCUGUAAUACUUUAGAAUAGAACCUGAUGACAAUUGACCUGCACUGUGAAAAUUCAAAUGACUUUUUUUGCAGUGUUGUUUAACAUGUUUCUGUGUUAUGUUUGUUUGAUGUUCUGUAAUGACUGAAGAUCAGCGCAGAAUUCACCAGACUCGUGCCGAUGGACCUGAGCAAGUCCUUUUAUGAAGGUCUUGACAAACAUGUCUCAAAGCUGCUGUAUUUGUACCGCUCAAGGUGCUAUGCAGACAUCGCAGAAAUGAGUGCCAUACUGGAGAGCCUGGAUAAAAAUGUGAGUAGAUUUAUUUCAAGUGUACUUGUUUUGUAAAUACUGUGGUCAUUUCCUUUCUUGCUAUUUCUCUUGUCCUGUUUAAUUUGAAUAUAAAACAUUUGUACUUUUGAGGCAUCAAAUCACAGGAAGAGGGUUGCAGCACUGCUGGGGCUGCCAUUGUACAUGCGGGAGAAUCCAUCUCAGUUCUUAAAGAUCUGUGAGGUAAGUGUCUGUGAGGAAAGUAAGAAGGGAUGUUGGAAGAUAUUCAGAUAAUGGAAGUCCAUGUAUUGAUAUUUCCAACUAUUUUGAUGGAGUUUACCUUGUUUUAUUUUCAUGAAAGAUGAUA